AUGGACAGAACUGGAUUCGUGAUAAGAGAUGGCAUGCGUCUCAAGUCAGAGAAGUUUAAAGGCAUUUUAUUGAAAGACUACGGCCCAGCAAGCUCGAUGCAGUGGUCCGGCUUGGACGAGCUAGACUUCCGUUUGAUGGCCACUGACGUAUUGAUCAAAAUACGCGCUACUUCUGUCAAUCACUUUGAUGUGCUUCUACGCUCGGGCUAUUUUUCGCAAGGGCUGACGGAGUUUGAUUUGGGGGAUCGAGUUUAUACUGUCAUUUCGACGAAAACAGGGACUUACGCUAAGUACUGCGUUGCUUCUGUUUUGAAUGGAAGUGUUCAUGCCCUUCCAGAUAGCGUAUCAUUCGCCGAGGGAGCCUGCUACGGCCUUCCUUACUUUGUAGCGCAUCGAAUUCUCGCAAAGAUCUCGCGUCUUCCUCCUCGUGGUUCGCUUCUCGUCAAGGGAGCAAGCGGGGCAGUCGGAAAUGCGCUCUCCCAAAUCGGAAGGGCUCUCAACCUGCGCGUAUAUGGCACUGCAGGUUCAUUCAAUGGUCAAAAAGCUGCUAAAGAAUGUGGUUGCUUGCAAGUGUUUAACCAUGCCGAUAACACGAAUGAAGAGCUAGUCAAAAUGGUUAAAUCGCGAAUUGGAGGGAUCGACCUCUUAGUCGAGUCCAAACCGGAAAAUCUUCAAACAGACCUGGCUAUGAUGAAUCCAGGUGGACGGGUCAUUCUCCUUGGCCCUCACGAGCAAAAAGUACAGCUCUAUCUUAGGCCAUUUUUGGCCAAAGAAGUGUAUCUUUCUGGAAUCAACCUAGCGAAUGCAAAAGCAGCUGGAUUUCUAGCAAGAAACAAGAUAGUCCCCAAGAUCGAGACUAAGUUCAAUAUAAAAGAUGCCUCAAUCGCACAUCUCUACAAAGAAGAUGAAACGCGGAAACGAAGCGGCCAGAUUGUCUUGCUAAUAGGAGAUUCUGAGAAAUAA